AAGUCAGUUGUGCGGCAAACACGGCAACGUUAGGUCAAGUUCUCGGCUGGAAAUUCAAUCGGAGGCUACAAAUGUUGAACAGCCUCAAGUUACUCAUCAGUUUGUGGCUGCUGCUGCUGCACAGUGUGUCCGGUGAUGAGGUGGAAAACAAACCCGUCACGGAAGACUGCCUGGAGUGUCUCUGUGAGACAAUGAGUGGCUGCAAUGCCACCGAGAUCUGUGUGAAUGGGGCAUGUGGCAUCUUUCGCAUCACCGAGGGCUACUGGGCAGAGGCGGGACAACUGACGCUGCCCAACGAGACGCCACUGUCCUCGAAUGCCUUCACCAAUUGCGUCAAUCAGCCCCACUGUGCGGCGGACACAAUCCAGAAUUAUAUGUACAAGCAUGGACAGGACUGCAACGGGGAUGAGCACAUCGAUUGCCUGGACUUUGGGGCACUGCACAAGCUGGGCAACCUGCAGUGCCGCGGCGAGCUGCCGUACAUAUUCGCGAAGGUGUUCAAUCGCUGCCUGAAGGUCAAGCAGCGGAAUGCCUCAGAGAGCCGCAAUCAGACCCGCAAUCAGGUGAAGAUCAAAUCAACAUAAUUGAUUCUUUAAUGU